CCUUGCCCGUUCUGAAUGAUCUGAAUCGUGUGUUCCCCAAAUACCCACGAGGAAGAAACCAGGAAGCAGCGGAAAGUAGCAAAUAAGGGAAUUUUCUUCACAUGGCUAAAAGAAAUCUGUUCUACAUUUGCAUUUAGGAAGAGACGAAGCAGACAUGAAGAACCGAGGUGGUGCAAUGCUGGAUGGUCGUCUCAGACAGAGAUUGGAACAGUAUUUGGCCUCCAACAAGAAGGAGCACGUGGAUCUAUCAAGUGUCGCCCAGGAACUUCAGAAGCAGUACAGGUUGGACUACGGCAGAAGAAACAAGACCGCAUUUCGAAUUCAGGUUGAGAAAGUGUAUCAAGCACUGAGUGAGCUGGAGAACAAGCACGAGAGCGCCAACGUCAUCGCCAUUGAAGCCAGGUCUGAGGAUGACAGCAGCAGUUCAGAAGACGUCCUAAAUGGAAAAGCCCCAGCCAACAGUGCCGCCAGUCACAUGAACAGCUCUCUUACGUCCCUGUACCGGAAAGCAUCCUCUGACUUGGGCACCUACUCCUCUGUUGGAGAGCUGCCUGCCACAAACCGAGCUUUCUCAGGAGGCUGGUUCAUCGAUCGAGGUCAAGGGCCUGAGAAAACCAGCGUCUUUGUGGACCUCAGUGAAGAUCAGCACAUGGGGGCUCUAAAUGAAGAUGUUGGCAUGUUGGAGUCUGGGGAGCGUCUGAAAAGGUCCGUCAAAAGGAAAAAGAGGUCUGCUGAAGAUGCUGCAAAAGACCAACCCAGAGAGAAACAAGAGAAGAAAGCAAAGUCCACCUCCACGAAGCUGCAGCAUCCCACUGUGAAGUUUGAAGACGUUGGUGGUAAUGAAGACACGUUAACGGAAGUGUGUAAACUGCUGAUCCACAUGCGGCACCCAGAGAUAUACCAGCAGCUCGGAAUGGUUCCUCCCAGGGGCUUUCUCCUCCACGGACCUCCUGGCUGCGGGAAGACUCUACUGGCACACGCUGUGGCGGGGGAACUGGAACUGCCCUUGCUGAAGGUGUCUGCUCCAGAGCUGGUGUCUGGAGUGUCGGGAGAAUCUGAACAGAAGCUCAGGGAGUUGUUUGACCUUGCCGUGACUUCCGCUCCGUGCAUCCUUUUCAUUGACGAGAUCGAUUCCAUCACACCCAAGAGAGAAGUGGCCUCCAAAGACAUGGAAAGGAGGAUCGUCGCCCAGCUGCUCACCUGCAUGGAUGACUUGAACAGUCUGGCAAGUCCUCAAGUCCUGGUCAUUGGUGCUACCAACAGGCCAGACUCCCUGGACCCGGCCCUGCGCAGAGCGGGACGCUUUGACAGAGAGAUAUGCCUCGGUAUCCCAGAUGAAGCAGCCCGUCUCAGGAUUUUGAAGACUUUGUGUCGUCAGCUGAAGAUGCCAGAGGAUUUUGACUACGCCAAACUGGCCCGUCUCACCCCAGGCUACGUGGGGGCGGACCUCAUGGCGCUUUGCCGCGAAGCCGCCAUGAGCGCUGUCAACAGGGUUCUGUUGGCCCUGAAAGGACAGCAGAAGAGCCAAACCAGGACGGGAGCGGAUGCAACAAACCAAGAUAUCCAUGAAGACGACAACACGGCAGCAUCUUCAGACGGACACAGCACAAUGAACUCGGGACGGGUAGAUGACAAUCACUCCCCUGAGGACAAUCCACCAGAUGAUCCGCCAGGGGAGCUUUACCAGCUUCUGCAGUUGCUCAAGAGCACUGAAACACUCUCAGAGCAAGAGUUGAGCAGCCUCUCCAUCGUCAUGUCAGACUUUGAGGCCUCUCUUUCCCGCGUUCAGCCUUCAGCCAAGAGGGAGGGCUUUGCCACCGUGCCUGAUGUCACCUGGGACCACGUGGGGGCCCUUCAUGAAAUUAGAGAAGAACUGACCAUGGCCAUAUUGGCUCCUGUACGUUCCCCGGAGCAGUUCAAGGCGCUCGGACUGAGUGCUCCAUCUGGAGUCCUGCUGGCUGGCCCUCCAGGAUGUGGGAAAACCCUGCUUGCUAAGGCAGUGGCUAACGAGUCAGGUCUCAACUUCAUCUCCGUGAAGGGUCCAGAGCUGCUCAACAUGUAUGUUGGAGAGAGUGAGCGGGCUGUGAGGCAGGUCUUCCAAAGGGGGCGCAACUCUGCUCCCUGCGUCAUCUUCUUCGACGAGAUUGACGCUUUGUGUCCUCGCCGGUCAGGCCACGAGGCAGGAGCCAGUGUGCGCGUGGUGAACCAGUUGCUGACGGAGAUGGACGGUCUAGAAGGUCGACGACAAGUCUUCAUCAUGGCUGCAACAAACAGACCAGACAUCAUCGAUCCUGCCAUACUGAGGCCGGGUCGUCUGGACAAAACGCUGUAUGUGGGUCUGCCGCCCCCCGCCGAUCGCCAUGCAAUCCUGCUCACCAUUACCAAAGGCGGAACCAAACCUGAGCUGGAGGAAGAUGUGAGUCUGGAGGAGAUCGCCUACGAUGAACGAUGUGACUGCUUCACUGGCGCCGACCUGACUGCCUUGGUGAGGGAAGCCUCGGUCAAUGCCCUGAAGGCCUACCUGAAGUCCCGGUGCACCCCCCCAUCCUCCUCUGGUCACACGUCAUCUGGCCCCGUCGCGGAUAUCAGGGUAGGCAAAAAUCACUUUGAAGAGGCCUUCAAGAAGGUUCGGCCAUCUGUGUCCAAAAAGGACCAGAAGAUGUACGAGCAGCUGAAAGCGUCCCUGAGCACAUGAGUGGCGACUUCACCCUUCAAAAUGUCAACAUCAUCAUUUCUACAUUAGCAGCCCUUUUAUUAAAUAUCCCGGGGGCGGGUAUGCAAGCAUAUUUGGGGUGUGGCCAGUAUUAUUUGACAUGGGGAAAUCAUGACACCCCGAAGAAACAUGUCACUACGUGUACAAUACAGUAUGUACUGUACACAGUGUGUACACGUGUGCUUGCUGCUGCACACAAGCAACAGAUGGUCCGCCCAGCGCCGCCACCGUAGCAGUGGCUGUAGGGGUGUUAGUUCACGUCUAGAGGACUCUAACGGUUUUAAUACCCUACUUGGAAGGUCAGAAAGACAAAUUUGUCUUGUUUUCCUCAAUUAUGUUUAAUUAAUUAAUUAAUUUUAUGAUUGUUUAUAUUUUUAUCCACCAAAAACGUUGAUUAAAAAAAA